AGAUUAGUUUGAAUCAUUUGUAUGCCACGCCACGCAUGGAAUUUCUAAGAAAUUAGACCUGCGUAUCAUCUAUCACACUGCCAGAGUAUCAUUAUUUUUUAAAUUGACGGCUCAAAUAAAAGAAACGGUUGAAGCGAUAGAACCAACAUCCAUCCGGCGUAUGUUAGCAUAGUCUCCUCGCUCUCUCUCCGGCGAAAGACCGAAGAUGGCCUAUGCCGGUUCGUCGCGAUUGAUGGCUUCACCAGGAAGAGCACCUUUGCGAACGUCGUGCAGAUCCGAUUCGGCCGUUUCGUCCGAUUCCGCUUACCCCCAAAACCGAAACCCUCUGCCUCGUUUCGCGCUAUCAAAACCGUCAUGGGUCGUCAGAACUGAGGCGAAUGUUUGGAAAGAAGAAAGAAAGAAACCCAAUCCACCAUGUGUAGUUUGCAGUGGAAGUGGGAGAGUGGAUUGCCACCACUGUCGUGGAAGAGGCAGGACGAAUUGCAUAAAUCUAACAAUGCUUCCGAAAGGCGAAUGGCCGAAAUGGUGCAGGACCUGUGGUGGAAGUGGCCUCGGCUAUUGUGACCGGUGUCUUGGGACAGGGGAAUACAGGGAUGUCAUGGGCUUCCAUUUCAUGAAGAUAGACCCCAAUUCGACUCAGAAUCGCCAACAAAACCAAUUGCAUCAAUGACCGAAUGAUGCCGUCGGGUAACUAACCCUUCUGUUUCGUGGCAUCCUGGGGAAUUUUAGAUUCCAUUCAAAUGGAGAACCAAAGAUCCAAAAAGAAAUCGAGUUUUUCCUUCUCUUUUCUUUGUUUAGGGUGCAUUUGGUUGCAUCAAAUAUCAUAUUUUGUGAUUAAUUAGUCUAAUUCAAUGCAACCAAACACUCCCUUACUCUCUGAAGAUACGUUAAGGAUGAUGUUAUGGUAGAAAAUAAGGUCGAAUGAAAGGUGUGUUAUGACC